AUGGAUUCUCUCCCGUCGACCGUCGUCGAUGAGUCUCCUGGCGACGAUUCCGCCUCGCCAAUCCAUUCGCUAUCCGACGACCUCCUCACCUCCAUCCUCCGCCUAGUCUUCGCAUCCGAUACAAGCACAUCCGAUAUAGGCAUUUGCGAUUCUCGCCCGUCCUACCAGGCGGCUCUCGUCUGCAGGCGCUGGUCCCGCAUCGCGCCUCUCGCGCUCACCUCCCUCACAGUCCUCUCCGCCUCUUCCGCCGCCUCCUUUUCCCCCAAACGGGAGCUCCUAUGCCGCCGUCUUGAGCAAGCGCUGCGCAAGUUUCCGAACCUGACUCGCCUGCACCUCGACAGCCACACGUUCGACUUCAUCGACGAUCGCUUCCUGCGCGCCCUAGGCUCGGCAUGCCCGAACCUGACGUACCUCUUCCUCGGCAAAGUUCGGCUGCCGGUUCGGCCGCCGCUCGUCGACGCGGUGAGCGAGGCGGGCCUCGCGAGCGUCUUUCGCGGAUGCAGGCGGCUCGAGCACGUGAGCGUGCACUGCGCGCCGAACAUCAAAGACCUCCCCGCGUCGCUCCUCGAUCUCUCCGCGCUGCGCCGGCUGCAGCUCGAAGCGCCGAGCUUAAAGCUCUUUCCGGAAGUCUCCCGGGGGAGAUUAAGUACGCUCCGCGAUUUGCGGCUGCUGUCGUGCAACGCGCUGCCUUGCCUGCCGGACUCGCUCGGCGACCUCGCGGGCCUCACUCAUCUGCGCAUCGAGAAAUCUGAUAACCUUGAGCAGUUACCGGACUCGUUAUGCGACCUGCAGCUGCUCGACGUCCUCGUUAUAAGCUCCUGCUACUGGCUCACGUCGCUGCCCGACGAUCUCGGGCAGCUGCCCUGCCUGCGCGUGCUUGAGCUGGACGGUUGCGGGGGAUUGCUCGAACUGCCCUGCUCGUUGCCGCAGCUACACUCACUCGAACGACUCGUUAUAAGCAGAUGCGGUAACCUUACACUUCUGCCUGAAGAUAUCGGCCAGUUACCACUCUUACGCGAAUUAGAAAUCAGCAAGUGUCAUCGACUUGUCGGCCUCCCGCCAUCCCUCCCCGACCUAGCCCAGCUCGAGUUCCUGGAAGUUUCCGACUGCACGCGGCUCGAGUCUUUACCCGACGACCUAGGUCGUCUAUCCGUUCUUAAAACCCUGCGCCUCGCCUCGCUUCCUAAUCUCUCCUCUCUGCCCGAAACCCUAGACCAGCUCUCUUGUCUGCGUGAGCUCCAAUUAGAAGACAUUGACAAUCUUUUAGGCCUGCCCGACCCGAUAACGAGCCUCGGGCAGCUGGAAAAACUCGUUCUGGGGCUGUCCUGCUCGCCGAGCCUGCCCGAAUCCGUAGGGGCGCUGACCCGUUUGAAAGAGCUGCAGCUGCGACACUGUAAGGGGUUAACGGGUCUGCCUGUAGCGAUGCGCGCAAUGAUGCGGUUGGAGCGGCUGGUGGUGGAGGAGUGCUGCGAGCUGGUGGCUCUGCGGCUGCCGGAGGGAGAGGGUGUGAGUGUGAAUGGGAGGGCUGGAGGAAGAGAAGGAGGAGGACAUGCUGUGCACGCAGGAUCAGGAUUCGAACGGGAAGGAUGGGCAGCUGAACGGCAGGGGGAAAGGCAGCAGCAGCAGGGGCAGAACCGGGGGCAGCAGGGACAGCAGGGGCAGCAGGGGCAGCAGGGGCAGCAGAUGCAAGAGCAUCAGGGUCAGCAGGGACAGAAGGUGGGGGGGUUGGAUGCAGCAGGAGCAUCAGGCUCAGCACCGUUCCCAGCCACUCUUACAGACGGACUCAGCUGUCUCACUCUCAUAACCAAAUCUUCUCAUCUUUCCUCCGCCCUCCCCCCGUGCACCUCCCUCCUUCCCCCUUGCACCUCCCCCCGCCUCCGCGCCCUCAUUCUCAUUGGCUGCGCGUCCCUGCGCGCCCUCCCCGCAUCUCUGACUGCCCUGUCUGAGCUAGAGCGGCUGGUGGUAACCAGGUGUACCGCGUUACAGUGGGUGCCGGGGAACCUGGCGCGGAUGCAGGGGCUGCGGGAGCUGAGGCUGGAUGGGUGCAGAACGGUGCUGCUGCCGCCGUCGCUGGCGUGCCUGGGGCGGCUGGAGAGGCUGAUUGUAGUGAGUAAUGGGUGCAGUGGGAGCGGCGUGGGGGCGGGGGAUGAGGUGGAGGCGGGGAUGGGGAUGGAGGCGGGGGACAUGAAUGGUAGCAUGAAUGGUGGCAGCAGCAGCAUCGGGAGUGGACCUGGUCCAACCAAUUGCCCCUCCUCUGCACACCAGCCCUUCUCUUCCUUCCUCCGCUCACCGCCCCUGGCUCUCCCCCCCGGCAUGGGCCAGCUGGCGCAGCUGAGGGAGCUGGAGGUGAGCGGCUUUGACUCCCUCUCCGCCCUGCCGCCCUCCCUCGCCUCCCUCUCCCUCCUCACCCGCCUCUGCCUCACCGGAUCCCUCAAGCUCGCCUCCCUGCCUGACCUUCCCUGUGGUGCCGUUGCUGCUAGUUCUGACUCCUGCUGUGUUUCCUCCUCCUACCCCUCCUCCUCCCUCAUAGCCCCUUCAUCCGCUGUCCCCCACGGUACCUUCUUCCUCCACCUCACCAACCUGAGAGACCUGCAGCUCGACUCCUGCCUCUCCCUCUCCUCCCUCCCUGCCUCCCUCUCCUCUCUCUCCUCCCUCACCCGCCUCCACCUCGCCUUCUGCUCCUCCCUCUCCGCCCUUCCCCCACGCCUCUCCUCCCUCUCCCACCUCCGCUCCCUCAACCUCCAAGAAUGCAUCUCCCUCACAUCCCUUCCCCCCUCCCUCUCCUCACUCGUCCGCCUGGAAGGGCUUUACCUCAAGGGGUGCAUUCAGCUGAAAAGCCUUCCAGGCGACAUCGGGUAUUUGCCGAGGCUAAGGGAAUUGGAUCUGAGGGAUUGUGAGGGCCUGCUGGCCCUGCCUGGGUCGGUCACUCACCUUACAGGACUCAAGUGGUUGGAUAUCUUUGGGUGUAGCCGUUUGGAUAAGGACUCUGUUCCUGCCAGGAUAGGACAAGCCACAAUAUAUAGGAGCUAG